AUGAAGAUGAUAUUAAAUAAUAACGAUUCAAACAAAUCAUCUUUCUAUGAAUCUGAAGAGAACUUAUCUACACAAAAUGAAGAGUUAACUGUGAUGAAUUGUGAUCAGAGAAUACGGAAAAACUUCGUCAAUAUUUCGAAAUAUGAUAAACGUGUGAUUGUGUUCUCUAUUAUACUGAUUAUAAUUGCAAUAAUUAUCGUCAUAGUCCCACACUUCUUUGGAGCACAUUAUUUACGUCCGGCUACUCAUAUUACAGUAACUACGCUGUUUUGCAUGUUAGCCAUUGUCAGUGGAUAUGUCAUUGGAACGUUUACAAGUUUGAGAGGAAAAUUGGUUGCUGCUUUAAUAAGUCUUUUAAUUUAUGGAAUAUUUUGUUCUGUUUGUGUGUCUAUUUUCUUUGAAUAUGCUUCACUUGUGCAAGUUAUCCAUGCUUGGAUUACAACUGUUGUCCUUUGUGGAUGUGGAGUCACUCUGGGAGUAUUGAUAACGAAAGAUUUGACUGAGAAAUUGGACGCCAUUUUGGUAGUAUGUGUUGUGAUUUUCGUACUAACAAGCAUUGUCGUCGUUGUACUAAUUUUUUUCAAAAAAACUGUGGCCAUCUUUAUUAUCUCGGCAAUAGGAAUGUUUAUAGAACUGUUUCUGGCGACAGUUAUACUUGGACAAAUGGUUUUCAAAUCUGGUCAAUUACAUAUUCGUGAUGAUUGGUCUAUGGGUGUGUUGAUCAUGUUUACACUAGUUAUCACUACGUUUGUAAUAGCACAGGUACUGAGCACAUGA